ACACACGUGUCAGUAGGUGAACAUCGAUCUUUCUUCUUCCUUCCUCGAUUCUCCUGAUGACGACGAUUCUCUUCUCUUUCUCUCACAUCCACUUCUGAUUCCUCCAGAUAAACCUAAAUAGCCUAAGCCAAAAGACUCGACCUUUCAUCUUCUCCAGUAGCUCCAUACUUGCCUAUGGCGGUUCCAAUCUGAAAUUAAGAAACCAAUUUGCCUUGAAAAAGAAUGGCGGAGUUGCAACCAGUGGAUGGUCAGCAAACAAACGGCGGCGUUAUUCCUACUCCGGCGUCAACUUCAGCCGAAGCGACGGCGAUUACAGCCGCGGGAUCGAAACGAUUGAGAAGACCAAGUGUUCGAUUAGGCGAAAUCGGCGGAGACCAGUACCAGCAGCAGCAUCAUCACCACGCGGCGGCGGCGUAUGAUUCACAAGGGAGGAAAUCGAAAUGGACACCGACGACGACGACAAGUGGUAAUAGAAAAGACAUGAGUAAAUCGUCGAGGACUCGAACCCUAACGAAUUUGAGUUCUGGGUAUGAGAAUAUCGGAACCCUAGAUGAUGAAAGAGAAGGAAAUGUGGAUUCUUUUGGUGUUGGGAGUUGGCGGGUUAAGAAACGGGUCGGGUCAUCGACAACUACAGCGGCGAAGAGAGUUAGAUCUAAUUGGGUAUCGAAAAUUGGGGAUGGGGAUGAGAAAAUUAGUGGAGGGGAAGAAUUGGAAGGUGGGUUUAGGGAUUUUAGUAGAGAAGAUUCAGAGAGUCCGAUAAAGGAAGAGUCUUUGGAUAGAGAUGGUGGUGGGUUUUAUGGUAGAAGAAGGUAUGAGAGUAACAAUAGUAGUGGAAACAGAGAAUUUGAAUCGAAUAUGGAUGGAGGAAUUGGUGUUGGAGGAGGAAGAGAAGGUGUGAAGAUAUGGUUACAAGAGUUAGGGUUAGGGAGAUAUUGGCCUAUGUUUGAGAUACAUGAGGUUGAUGAAGAGGUUUUGCCAUUGUUGACAUUGGAAGAUCUUAAAGAUAUGGGGAUUAAUGCUGUUGGGUCGAGGAGGAAGAUGUUUUGUGCUAUUCAGAAGCUUGGUAGGGAGUUCUCAUGAGUGUGUGAGAGAGAAUUUUGAUCGGUUAAGAAGAAAAGCAAUGGUUUUUUUUUUCUGUUAUUGUUGUUUUUUGUUGAUGAUAGUGAAAGUCAUGGCAGAGUGUAAGCUUGCAAUGUCUGAAACCAUGAAAGCCUUUUUUUUACGCUAUAAAUCUUUCAUUCGUCU